AUGACAGAACACGGGGAUAAGAAAAACCGAAAAAUUCCAAAUUAUUUUGUUCUUGGUGCGUUUAUAGGUAUAUCAGGUCUGUCUUUAAUGGCAGGAUUCACAUAUAAAAUAUCAUCUUUCAAGAAGAUCAAUCCACUACCAUUCAUGCAGGCAAUUAAUCAGGACAAAAAUAUGCAGGAAUCUGGUAUACAUUUUGCUGCUCGUGCUCUUGGAGUAGCAACAAUUAUAACUACCUCAUCACUAGGAGCAUUGUCUUUAUUUAUGUGGUACAUUAUAAACCCAGUGGAUAGAAACGACUUUAAUGAACGUAUGCGGAAUGUAUUCCCUUCUAGAUGGAAGAUAAAACCGUCAGAUUCUCAUUCUGAAAUUAGAACUUUCGAACAGCUUUCAGCCCUAAUAAAUGAUUCUGUAAACAAGAAAUGA